CAUCCAGGAGGAGUGGACAUCCCACAAUGCAACGCGAUCAAUUGAAUCUCUUCCUCAUCAACACAUGGCAGUGGCUGCUAAUAUUUUUCUUGUUUAACUUAAACCUAACUGCAUUUUUUAAGUGUGUGUGCAUUUUCAUUCAUCUACCAAAUGAAAGUUAAAGUCCUCUCGAGGAACCCGGAUGAUUAUGUCCGGGAGACCAAACUAGAUAUUCAGCGUGUCCCUAGAAACUAUGACCCAACACUCCAUCCGUUUGAGGUGACGAGAGAGUACACACGGGCUCUGAAUGCCACCAAGCUUGAGAGGGUGUUUGCCAAGCCUUUCCUGGCCUCUCUGGAUGGGCACAGAGAUGGGGUGAACUGCUUGGCCAAGCACACCACGAACCUCUCCACCUUGCUCUCUGGCUCCUGUGACGGGGAGGUGAAAGUGUGGAAUCUGACCAAACAUGAAUGUGUCCGCACACUCCAAGCACAUGAAGGUUUUGUCCGUGGAAUGGUCGUCCGCCAUUGUGGAACAUCCUUCUUUACGGUUGGUGACGACAAAACAAUCAAGCAAUGGAAGAUGGAGGCGCCAGGUUACGGAGAGGAAGAGGAGCCGCUCAACACUAUUCUGGGCAAGACAGUCUUCACAGGACUGGACCAUCACAGGCAGCAGGCUGUGUUCGCAACAUGUGGCCAGCAGGUGGACGUCUGGGACGAGCAGAGGAGCAGCCCAAUCCGCUCUUUCACCUGGGGCGUAGACAGCUUCAGCGCUGUCCGCUUCAACCCUGUGGAGACUGAACUUCUUGCAAGCUGUGCCUCUGACAGAAGUAUAGUACUGUACGACAUGAGAGAACCAGCACCACUUAAAAAGGUAAUUAUGACAAUGAGGAGCAACACUGUAUGCUGGAACCCUAUGGAAGCCUAUUACUUCACAUGUUCAAAUGAGGACUACAACCUCUACACAUAUGACAUGAGGUACCUGGACCGGCCAAUCACAGUGCACAUGGAUCAUGUCUCUGCAGUGCUGGAUGUUGACUAUUCUCCCACUGGGAAGGACUUUGUAUCUGCCAGUUUUGACAAAACCAUCCGCAUCUUCCCCAAGGACGGUGGCCACAGCAGGGAGGUCUACCACACCAAGCGCAUGCAGCAUGUCAUCUGCGUAAAGUGGUCUGCAGACAACAAGUACAUCCUGAGCGGUUCUGAUGAAAUGAACAUCCGACUGUGGAAAGCCAACGCAGCUGAGAAACUAGGAGUGCUCGCCCCCAGAGAGAGGGAGGCCACCAACUACAGCCAGAAGCUGAAGGAGAAGUUCCAGCACCACCCGCAGAUCAGACGCAUCGCUCAUCACAGACAUCUACCCAGGAACAUCUACCACCAGACCAAGGAGCUGAGGGUUAUGAAAGAGGCUCGCCGUAAGAAGGAGAGGAAUGUCCGCAAGCACAGCAAGCCCGGAAGUGUUCCUGUGGUGUCUGAGAAGGAGAAGCAUGUUGUGACUGUGGUCAAGUAAGCAGAGCUGGAGAAGAGAGCAGAAGGUCGACGGCACCAUCAAGAGACGAGGUGGAGCCCAAGAUCACACCCACAUGGGACAUGUUCAGACUGCUUUCUCUUCACGAAUCUUUACAUUUGUCACUUGUGGGAAGGACAUGUGACCAGUUCUGCAUCUGCAAAUGCAUACAAACAUUUAAUCUUGUAAAGUUGUUGAAGGAUUUUGAUCGUGUAGUUGAACUGUAGUCUCACAUUUUGCUUUGAGCAAAUCUGCAUUUUUCAUCACAGGAUCCAUGACUUUUUAAAUACAAUUAAGAACAAAUUAAAUUGAUCCAAUGUUUAAAGAAUGUCAUGUGACUUACUUGCAAAGAAAUGUGUUCCUUGUGGUUUCAUUAGAUCGUUAUUUUUUCCAUGAAUGAAGUUCAAGAGAUGUGCUUCAGUUGAGUUUAUUAAAACUAUCUGAGAUAGCGUAAAGGUUUUGGUAUACUUCAUGAGACGUGCCGUAUGACAACUUCUACAGGCAAGUGUUGGUACGAAUGGGCACACUCGAAGGACCUCAACCCGGCUGUAUCCGUGAUCGUUCCCUAAGAAGUCUGUCUUUUGUAGUUUCAAUGUGAUAAAUUGUACAACUGGGGCUGAUGUUUUAAACAUUGGGACAGUCUCUCCAUGAUCCAGGCUCUAUCAGAGUGAAGUUCAAACCCUCCCUUACUGUUUACAACACACCUGGUGAAUCUGACUAAGUCCGACCUGCCUGUACUCUGUCACUCAUUGCACGUCACUAGUCUUUCACAAGAUGCAAGUUUGACAGCUGUGAGUACUAACAAUAGCCAUGUUGGUUGGUUAUGUAAUUAUAUGUUUACAUUCAUAUUGAACAUGCUGGGUGAAGGGAGGCCUGAAGAGACGGGCUGUCAGGGUUGCAACUUUUUUUGUUAGAUCUUUUGGAGCUUGUGCUGUUGGCUACUUUCAUUGGUUUUUGUUUUUUUCUCUGUUGGAUCAUUUCUAAAUCUACCAUUCUCUUUCUAGUUUUGGAAAACAACCAACCCUAGCUUUAACUAAUUUCCCCAUGGUUCAGUUAAUUUCAAAACUUAUCAAUGUUAGACGAUCCAACAAACCUUUCUCUUAAAGCAUGCUGAUGCCUUUUUUCCUAAUGGGAUGAUUUAAAGUUGACUUUUAGCCUUUUAAUCCUGAGGUUUGUAAAAAUAACCAGGCUGAAGGAGAGCGAGGGCAGAUGUUUCCCCUCAGUUUUGGAAUAUUUCAUUUGCUUGAACAUUCUAAGAGAUUAGUACUCUCAAAAUAUAUAUAUGCCAUUGACACUGCAUUUGUAUUUGAUGUGUAUUUAUAAUAAACUUCUACACUAAGUUUUUGCUUUAGCAAGAAAUGGUGAUCAGAAUGAUUCCUA